AUGUCGAGAAGGAUUUCUGUUGUCGAAACAUCCUUAUCAGAGAUCAAAGCAUCGUUGUCGUCACAAUGUGCGGAGAAGUCGCCAAGGUCGCAUGCUAAGAGUGUUCAUUUCUCAAAGAACUCACAAGAGCAAAUAAGCCUUUUACCAGAACCAAUCCCAAUUUCAGUUGAGAGAACCACCCGCCAUGCGCCAAUGAGUCUCAUACAAGAGAUCAAGGAGAAUAUCUCUUCGCCCGAAGAGACUUCUCAGUUCCAAUUUCCCUCGGAGGAUGUUAUCGCCAAUGACAUGGUAUCCGAAGAUGUGGCCCGGAUGUUGCUUGAAGGAUUUUCCAAGUUAUCUAGCCGCUGGCUGUUCAUGAGCAUGGACCCAGUUGAACUGCGUACCAAAUCGUCCUUGCUAUUCGGAAGUUGCAUCCUUGCUGGUAUCCAUAUUACCCCAUCCUUGUAUGGAUCUGAAACACACCAAAAGCUAUACAGUCAUAUACAGGAAAUAUUGGCCAAGUCACAACUUGUUGCUGGAGCACCUCUUGAUACAAUACAAGCAUUAUUGAUUUUCUCGAUGUGGGAUCUCAGGCCAACCCGGGACCACGAUCAUGGCAGUUCCUGGUUACUAAGUGGCGUAGCUGCCAUGCAGGUUGUUAUGACCACACGCUUUGAAAACAUGUUCCAGACGGAUGACUAUCAGAAAAUCGCUCGUUCAAAGGAGUUCUCGCGUACUUGGAAUUUAGUUUGCCUUUGCCAUCUACAGUUCUCGAUUGGCUCUGGUCGACCGCCUGUGAUAUCAGAUCAAUAUUUAGAUCAGUGCUCCAAUAUUCUGAAGUUCCAAUCUUAUAAUUCCCGCGAUGAACUCGUUUUGGCUGGGAUCGAGCUAUAUCGCGCGCUUUGGGAGUUGAUAACUUCGCAUGAGAUCCAAACUGAUAAACCUGUCUGGCCUGAAAUUGAGAGGCUCCGGGAAAAGCACGAGCAUAUCUACAAUCUUGACUCCUCUGAGCCUCUUCGUUUUGCUUACUCCUGCGCUUCCCUGAUUUUGGCGCGACGAACACUACGGCAGGUUAGCGACCUUCAAAAUGAGGAGGAAGGUAGCCCCCAGCACCAAAUCUGGGAUAAUUCCAAGAUUGAAUUCAUUCAAUUUGCAGUUCGUCACUCACACCAAAUUCUAAGUCUGUUCCUAUCCAUGUCCGAUCUUACAACUUAUGUUCAUCCCGCCUACGAGAAUCUCCUCUGUUCCUUUGCCAUGGCAACGCUAGUCGAGCUUGCAGAUCAUGUUUCAAAUAUAUUUGAAACCACUACGCUGAUGGAGCAUGCCGUUUCACAUAUUCAGCGAGGUGGUAAGGCUGAGCCGGUGGGCCGUUGGUCCCUAGGUAUCAUGAAACAGUAUAUCACCGGAGGUAAUGAUGAAGAUCCGAUCUCACAAGAAGAGAUAGGUAUAGCUGAUGAGCUUGUUGAUCCAGCUGCAGAUAUUAUGAGAUCAUGGGAGGAGGUUGACUGGGAUUUUGAGCAGGACUUUCCAUCGCUUCAAGAAAUGUUCUUCGGUGCUGUGCCAUGA